GAGUCCAUAUUUAAAACAGUCGCUCGUCGGAGAAAUUGCUCAGUUGGUGUUUCGCGAGCAGACUGCUAGCGCUGAACUUUCUCUAGUCUCCAAGUGGAAUAGCUGCACAUAGAAAUGGCUGCGUGGGAAAAUAACGAAGAGAUAAAGCUCUUUCAAGAGUAUCUGAGAAUUCCGAGCACCCAUCCCGAUGUGGAUUACGAACCCUGCGUGGAAUUUCUCAAGCGCCAGGCACAAAAUCUUGGGCUGCCGAUUAGGAUUUACCACCCCACGGACCCGAAAAAGCCAACAGUGAUCAUAACAUGGACUGGAACACAACCGGAAUUGCCUUCCAUAGUCUUGAAUUCUCACAUGGAUGUUGUCCCUGUAUAUCCUGAAAAGUGGACACAUCCCCCAUUUGGAGCGGAAAUUGACUCGAAAGGGAGGAUUUUUGCCCGUGGUACCCAAGAUAUGAAGUCGGUUGGAAUGCAGUACUUGGCCGCUAUUCGGGCACUCAAGAAGGAGGGAAAGCGAUUUAAACGAACCAUUCACAUCAUGUUUGCUGCAGAUGAAGAAAUCGGUGGAAAAUCUGGUAUGGCCAAGUUUGUUCCAACUGAUGACUUUAAAGCUCUGAACGUAGGAUUCGCAUUAGACGAAGGUAUUGCAUCGCCAAAUGAAACCUUCGACGUGUUUUACGCAGAACGCAGUAUCUGGUUUAUCCUGUUCCACAUUUCUGGAAAUGCUGGUCAUGGAUCUUUGCUGCAUGAGAACACCGUUGGCGUGAAACUACGUUACAUUAUUGAUCGAAUGAUGGAUUUUCGUGAAGCUGAAGUGAAAAAAUUGGCAAACAAUAGCUCAUUGAAUCUUGGUAAUGUGACGACAGUGAACCUUACUCGCGUACAGGGAGGAAUCCUAAACAACAUUGUGCCACCAAAACUGAUGGUUUCCUUCGAUGUGCGUUUAGCUCUUGAUGUAGAUCACCAGCAGUUCAUUAAACAGUUGGAGAAAUGGUGUGAAGAAGCCGGCGGCGGUAUCGAAAUCACAUAUGAGAGCAAGGAGCCCUACGUGCCACCAACGCCGAUUGAUGAUAGUAACAUAUAUUGGAAAGCAUUCAAAGGUUCCCUCGACUCUUUAGGUCUUAAAAGUAGGACGUUAAUUUUCCCGGGUGCUACCGACAGUCGUUAUAUCAGAGCGGCCGGUAUUCCUGCUAUUGGAUUUUCACCCAUGAAUAACACUCCUGUGUUGCUGCAUGACAAUGACGAAUACAUUGACGCAGAUAUUUAUUUGAAAGGAAUCGAAAUUUACAAAACUAUUAUUCCUAAUAUAGCUAAUGCUUGAAAGCUUUACCCAGAAUGCGGUUAAUCAUUAGUUGUUUUUUUAUAUUAUGUUUUAUUUUGCGCCUCUCGAUAUUCCAGGGGUAAGAUGCUUCCUUCCUCAUCGCGUUAUAGAUAGAAAACAAAUUUUAUCUGCCUUCUAAUAUAAAAGAACAACUACUAUUAAAAAAAAAGCGGACAAACGAGAAGCUUAA